ACUUUUCAACAUGGCGACACAACAAACUGAAGAGGUGGAAGCAAUGGAAAAUGUGAACCGAACUUUGCAUCCUGGCUUCAGCAACGACAAGUAUUCUCUGCUUGUCAUUGUCGGUGAACAUAGUCGGCCUGGACUUGUGGACUACGUGGUUGCAGAGAUAGAGAGAGGCAUCCGCUCAUGGGAUGUGGACCUGACAGCCUGUAACCUGGAUGAGCAACUCAAGCUAUUUGUGUCGCGACACUCUGCCUUCUUCUCAGAGGAAAUAAAAGGUCAGAGGACACUGCAGCAUGGUGGAGAUGUUCUGGAUACCCAGGUGAUGGUUAACCCAUCCCAUGAGUUGGUCUGCUCAGAGGUGCUCCGGCUUAUAUCUGAUGUGUCUCGCCACAAGUUGUUGGUUCUUGCUGGACAAUGUGUUGAAGAUGCAGGAGAUCUUGUCUUACAAACAGGAUGUUUCUCUCUGAGUGACUUCAUUCACAUAUUUGCUGAUGAGGAGAUUGGAGAGUUGUUGAGCUCUGCAGAUCCCACACAAAAAGCUAACCUCACGCUGAGUUGUCCCAACUCUGGGGUGUGGAAGAACUCUGUGUUGGAGAAACACAACCUACAAGACUUCAUCAACAUCAAAACAAACCCACCAUCAGUGCUACCUGAAAUGGAAGGUCUGCAAGAGUUCACAGAAUACCUCUCAGAGUCCUUGGAGCCACAGUCUCCGUUUGAGCUGCUAGAGCCCCCCAGUACUGUGGGCUUCCUCAAACUCUCCCGCCCCUGCUGCUAUGUAUUUCCAGGUGGGAGAGGAGACUCGGCCUUCUUUGCUGUUAAUGGUUUCAACGUUCUGGUCAAUGGUGGGUCAGAUCCUCGCUCCUGUUUCUGGAAACUGGUUAGACAUUUGGACAGAGUUGACUCCCUGCUCCUCACUCACAUUGGGGCUGACAAUCUGCCAGGGGUGAACAGUCUUCUCCAAAGGAAAGCAUUAGAACUGGAGGAGGAACAUUCUACUGACUCUCAGAUCAAUGAGGACUGGAUGAAAAAUCUUAUUUCCCCUGAGAUUGGGGUCAUUUUCCUUAAUGCUCCAGAGAGAUUGAAGUCAUUCCGGAGUGAUCCCAAAGAACUGCGGAGCUGUGACCAAGCGGCACUCACUUUGCAACACCUUGAAAGGCUAACGAUCAAUCCAGAACCUCUUAGUCGCUCAAAUGGACCCAGCAUUGAUCCUCUUAUUCUUUUCCAGAAGAUGGGAGUCGGUAGACUAGAGCUGUAUAUUCUUAACCCAGUCAAAGGCAGUAAAGACCUUGAGGCUUUCAUGAAGACCUGGCCCGGCAAUGGAUCUAACAUAAAAGGCUCAGAGAUGCCCCUGUCUUGCCUUGUCUCCAUCUGUGCUCUACUGGUGUGGCAUCCUGCCAGUCCUCAUGAGAAGAUCAUUCGAGUUCUCUUCCCUGGGUGUACUCCGCAGGCCAAGAUUCUUGAAGGACUUGAGAAAGUAAAGCAUCUAGAAUUCCUGAAACAUCCAGCCGUGAGCCUCAGGGACCUUGAAGCAUCCAAAUCAGAUAAACAACCAAAACGUGCAGAGAGUCGGGAGAGCCUUAAGUCCCUGCCCAAGGAUUCAAGACCUAGCAGUGCCUUGCUGAAGGACAAAGUUGGACGUGGGGAUGUUAAAAAGCAAGACAUGAAGUCCAAACCCAAGGCUCCAAGUGACAUUGCUAAUAAAGAAUGGAAGGAAGGGGAAGAUAAGUCCAAAUUGAAGGAUGGGGAUGCUAAACAAAGGCCUCCAAAGGCUGAAAAGCUUAUGCCAAAGAAAGAACCUUUAAAGGAUGAGAAAAAAGAAGUAAAAAAGGAUGAGAAAGCCUCCAUAGGUGUUGUCAAAAAGGAAGAGAAUUUGGAGAAAAAGAAAGAACCAGUUAAGAAAGAAACUCUUGGUCCAAGACCAAAGAAAGACCUCAAACAUGAUCAAAAGAAAGAUAUCAAGAAGGAGGUAAAGCCAGAGGAGAAGAAACCAACAAAACCCCUCAACAAGGAUGUCAAAAAAGCGACCACUGGACCUUCAUUAGGAAACGCAGAGGCAAAAAAGCCUUUAGUCAAGAAUGGAACAUUGAAGAAGGAUGCAAUCCCCAAGAAAGACUCAUUGAACAAGGCGGCAAAGCUAAAGACUGAUAAAAAGGAGCCGGAGAAUCAUAAAGUUUCUGCCUCUGAGGGGGAUGCUGAUCGUUCCAAAAUGUCAACGCCUGAAGACAUGACAGCGGAAUUCGAGAACCUCAGAGCAGAAAAUGCAAAGUCAGAGGAAAGGACUGCUGUUGUAGUGGACACUAUAGCGGACAUUGAAGGAAUAGAGCAACCUGCGGCAGAGAAUGGAUCAAGAGCAAAUGCAGAGAUGGGGGACAUCUUGGAAAGUCCACAAAAGUUCACCUGCAUGGAGAAACUGCCAAAUCCAGAGAGAGCCCUGGGAACCACUUCGCCUCUUGACAAAACUCCGAAAAGUGACCACAGCGUGAACUUUGAUCUCACACCAACUGAAUACAGGCUACUUGAUGGGGCCCUGAGAAAUGGGCAAGAAGAUGUUUGCACUAGCUCAGAUGAGAAGACUUUAGAGUUGGUCUCCCCUGCUGACUCAGCCCCUAAUAGCGCUGGGCAUACCCCUUUCCACCAAUCACCCGAAGAGGAUGCUCAGGGCUCUGGUGAGGACAGUAGUCUCGGGGGAAGGGUGCCUAGCAUUGGGUUUGAAGACUGCCACAUCAUGGGUUCUUGCAGGAACUCCGAGGUAGGCUCCUUGAGGGGGAACCUAGGAAACUCCAUGUCGUCCCAGGACAAACAAUCAAGUCUUUUGACACUGAGUCCCUUCAUGCUGCCUGACUCUGUCUCACCCAAUAUUACCUCCAUGCCUGCUGAAAUCGGUUCCCCACACUCGACAGAAGUUGACGAGUCUCUUUCUGUGUCUUUUGAACAGGUGCUCCCAUCUAUUGAUGAGUCACCCAAGGGAGACUAUAUGGACAGGUCCUACUCAAAUGGGCAUUUAGCAGAUUCUGACUCCAAAAUGGGGAUGCCCUUACCCAUGAGUACAUCUCAUAACACGCGUCCUCCAGGGGAUGGCUCAGAGGAACGCCUUCCUGGACUACAUGGUCUUCUCCCUGACAUUCCCCAUGAUGUCGACCUCUGCCUGGUCUCACCCUGUGAAUUCAAGCACUCAAAGUCCCCAGAGAACCAACAGCAGCAUCGGUCUCUAGGGCUAGCCACGGGUAGCCCGCGAGAACUCUCUGAAGACAGCAACCACUCCCAGGAGCUAGCUAAGCCACAAAGCGGAAUUAAUAGUGAUCGACAUUCACCUCAAGGUCAGGAGACCCCUCCCACGUCUGCUAGUGAAUCCCUCAACACAGCCACAGAUUCAGACAUACCCCCAGGGACUGAGGACUGCCCUUCCAUCACUGCAGACAUGGACUCAGACGAGGACUCUGGAAGUUUCCCGCCCCACCAUCCACAUGACCAUCCCAGCUCUUACUCCUCUAACAGGGGAGCACAAUAUUCCUCUCAGGACCCUCCCCCAGCACCAAUGAAGGAUCUGCCCCCCUUGCCGCCCCAGUCCGGUACCUGCAUGACUGACCCUGAGGCUGAUGCACCAAGCAAGACCUCAAAGAGUGCCGCCAUAAAAACCAAGAAACCAGCUGGGGUCACACAGAGGUCAACGUCAGCCACCAGUACAGCUCUGAACAGUAAGACCAAGGCUGGCAGCACAACUGGUACAUUGAAGACCACCUCAAGCCUUGACACAAGGCCUUCAUCCCGCACUACCACUAGUGGCUCCAGACCUGGAACUUCAAAGUCAGUUUCUUCAGGUUCUCUGGGCAGUAAGGUCAGUGCAGCUGGAAGUGCACCAGUUUAUUUGGACAUGGCUUAUCUCCCCUCUGGUUGUGCCUCUGCCACCAUUGACGUGGACUUCUUCCGACGCCUGCGCUCCUCCUGCUACAUCGUCAGUGGCGACGAGCCCCUGAAGGAGUCAGUCAUGAGACCCAUUCUCGACGCUCUACUGGAGGGAAAGACUGCCUGGCCCGAUGUGCAGGUGACCCUGAUCCCCACCUUUGACUCACUGACGAUGCACGAGUGGUACCAGGAAACCCAUGAGAGGCAGAGAGAGCUGGGUGUUACCGUGUUGGGCAGCAACAGCACUGUGGCCAUGCAGGAGGAGACCUUCCCUGCCUGCAAAGUGGAAUUCUGAGAGUGGUGAAACGAGAUGAAGCUACAAAUCCCUGCCCUCUCACCCACUCUUAAAUUGGGAUGGACUAAUUUCCCCCAUCUACAACUGAUGAUUUCCCACCCCAGCAUGCUUCAAGUAUAGCCUGGUGGAUUAGCAGGCCUUACUCAUCCUUUCAAUCUUAUCAAUAUACAUAAGACCCCAGCAAACACUCUGACCCAUCUUUGUCUUGGGUAUGUCUAUGCCAUGGAAAUGAAGGCAGAACAUGAAUAUGUCCAAGAGUCUUUGGUCUACCAACAUGAAGAAAGGUUGUUCAUUAUGAAUGCUAGGUAAGGUGGAGCUUAAAGACUGUCUAUAGUAACCGAAGGUCCUCCUAUUUCUUACCAUUUAGCCAGGUAGUUGUGAUCCAAAUCCAUGACAGCUCAAAGGAGACUAGUUGACAGCUGUGGGAAACCCUCUGCCUCAAUGGGACUCAUGAGUUCUUCCUUCAACGAUUAUUUCAUCCGUAAAACAUUUCAUAGGUAUAUUUACACCCAUUUGCACAGUUAUCAAUUUCCAAAGACAAGGGAACCACAGUGAGUGAAGGAGUGUCACAAUAUAAUAUGAUGUUAAAAGGCAGAGGUUGUGUGUGAGGAGGUGAAUAUGGGACAGAUGUCUCCUGGUGCGCUGGUAAAACAUGAGACCUCAGCACUUACUGAAGGACAUGUUUCUACAUCUCAUUUUAGUUUCAUAGACUGUCUAUGAACAUUGAGGAGAUGGACAGUGUCUUUGCAGGUAAUGAUAUGCAUGUGAAUAGAAGAAUUACCCCAACAUUGACAAAAGUGUCCAAGUUUCAAUAAAACAUUUUUUGUAGAACAUUUAUAUCAGUCACUUUAACCCUUCAUGUAGAGUACACACUAUGGGGAUACAAUUUUGACAUUGUCUUUUUAAAUUAAAUAACUCAGUACAUUCUAGGUAAUGAUUUGUACGAAAAUGAAAUACUAAUACAUAUUGGUUGAUGGAAGGCAAUAAGAAAUGCAGUAUUUUAUGUACAAACUCAUGACUGAAUUACAGUUUUACUACUUGGUAGUUAUUUCAUUAGGAAGGACACUGAAUUAAGUGUAAACGCUACAGUAUAUUUCCACACUAAUAAAUCAGUUUUUUGUGAAACACGAUGUCUACUGCCGGCAGGUCUAGCAUUUCUGAUUAUGUCAAAAGUCAGGUCAAGAAGACCCUCAAUCUUGUUUGUAUUCGAUGAUAUUUUGCAUUGGUGCCCAGGAUAUCAACUGUAUCCAAACCCAUAUUUGAGUCCCUCUCCAAGACCAGAUGUUCUUGUAAUUGUAAAUGUAUGUCACAUGUGCAAUAGAGGGUAAGCUUCACUGAAGAGGGAUUCUUAGAUAUGCUAAUAGGGAAGUCAUGAGAAAUACAUUACAUUUAUCUCAGUGGUUUAUUAUUGUGCAGAAGUGAAUAUAUGCUAAAACAGAUGUUUAACUAGAAAGACAAAUCUGUUAUAUCAGCAAUCGUUUGUGUAUUCAGUUAAUAGCAGUAGAAUGUACAGUAGACGGCUUUAUCUGUGAAUAAAGGACACUUAGCCUAUAUCAAAACAGAUUGGGUCCAAAUGCAUGCCACCAAGGCUUGCACAACCAUGCCCACCAUAUUACAUGUGGACCAAGCCCUCACUGGGUUAUAAUGCUCUUUAUUGCGAAGGAUAUUUUCAUUUUAUUCAAGAAGAAGGAUUAUGAAAGGAUUUUAACAUUUAUUAUUACUCAAGUUACAUAACUCUUACUCUUAGAACAAUUAUUUUCCAUUUUACUACAGUUGAAGUGAUCGUUUUUGUUGCAUGCAGAGUUAUACAAGCAUGCAGACCUCACGUUUUCUUUUGUUAGUUUGUAAGUUUGAAAUGAAUAUCAGUUUAAUGUAAUAUCAGAUCUGGUAUUAAAGCAAACUAAUGCCAUGGCUCAUCCAGAGCAUCACGUCUUCAUGUGAAAGGGUGUAUGCAGCCAGCCACAUUUAGGCAGAUCAUGGAUUUCCAAUUAUUUCAUACAGAAGAAUGUCACAUCCUUUAUCAAUUCAUUAACAAUGAUAUUUUAUUCAUUUUUCCUAAAUUAUUGAGUUCUCUUUAUAUAUCAAUAAUGUGGCAUAGCUACUUUCAUUUGCAAACCUUUGGUUAGCAACCGGCUGCUCACAUGAUAUCAUAAGCCAAUGGCAGGACAGAGCAAGCAGAACCGAUCUCAUUGUUGUUCUGAAAGAAAAGCAUGUUUUUUGGUACUAGCCAUAAUAAGUCUGAGCAAAAAUGAUUGAAAAUGGAUUGCAUUUCAUUGGUCACUUAUUUGGAUAGAUAUUUCACACUAAUGGAGUUAAGAAUUAUCUCAUCGUUAACUCAACUUUGACUAUAACAAAUCAGUCCCAAUUUGUAAGUCGCUCUGGAUAAGAGCGUCUGCUAAAUGACUUAAAUGUAAUGUCCCAUCAUGUCCAUGUAAAGAUAUGUCCAUUUAACGUGUGCCCUUUGUCACAGGUUUUGGACUCAAUGCAUUGGAUAUUGUGUGGCUCUUACGCCCUCUGCUGGCCAUAACAUUUCUUGGCUGUUCUGAAAGCUGUAUUCAUCGAUAAUUACAGUUGUGGCCAAAAGGAUAGCAUGGGCAGGGCCAUUGAGGGAUUCCACCAUUUUAAUGUAGUCAACUGGAUGGGAUUUCCAUCUUCAUUGGCUCUUGGUGACCCUGUUGAAGUUCUGUCCAAUUGGGUCAUCAGGAGGGAUCUGCCAAUUUUGAAGAAGAAAAUUGUCAGACUCUAUAAUGGCACAGAUACAAAGAUGAGUACUCCAUCUCUGUAGAUGUGUGUAUUUUGAAAGCAAUGUUCAGUGGUAUGUUUGGCUCAUUGGAAUAGUUCUAAACAUUGGCCCUGUAUUUCUGUGCCUCUGUUUCCAUCCCUGCGCCAUUAUAAUAAAAGUAUUUGAUUGAGAUACCUCUGUCAUAAUACAAGUGACAGUAGCACAUAACGAAUGUUCAAUCUAAAUCAGGCCCCAAAAUAAAUAAACACAUUUUAAGUUAAUAUGCUCUUUCUCUUUGGACAUUUUGAGUUGGUACAUUUCUUUAAUGCUAUUUUUUUUUGUGCUAUAUCUUUCAUAGUUAUAUACACCUCUUUUCCCCUGCACUCAUAAAUGUAUGUUUGUCUAUGUCCAUACCCUGUUGGUGGUUCACACAUCACACUUGCAAGUUUCUGGACUUCACCCAGUAAAUGCUAUGAAUGUUGGUCAAAUUUUCCAAAGACUGCUGGUUUCCCCAGUGUCAAGUGGGUGGGGUGGUUAGUUGCAUAAUGACAGUGGAUAUAUAAUUCAGUAUAGAAACACUAAUUUUAGUUUUUGCUUUUUCAAUAAAUAUACCCCUUUUUAUAAAUCUGU